CAUCCAGGGAAGAAUAGUAAUUUGCACCAUUGGUUUAAAAAACACUUUAGUGCAAAUAACAAAAUGCUAGCAUCAAUGCACAUUUUAUAUUUAGACAUCACAUAAAACCUGUGUAAUUUACAUGCGGAAACUAAUUAUGUAACGUUACAAUUGCUUUAGCUCGCACUAUUGCAUUCUAUAACGUUUCCCUCUUGCUCUGGAUGUUUCCUCCCAUCUGAAGUGUCACUGUCUCCUCCUCUUCAUGACGGGUCUCCCCUUGUCAGACAUGCACGCUGCUCGUUCCCUAUUCAGGGCUUUUGUAAGCAAGUGGAGAUCUUACAAGUACAGGUUUGUCCCCUGGAUCGCUUUUAACCUGGAUCGGAACCGCAGGACAAUGAGAUAUGUGCCUGAGGGGAGCUGCGAUAAAACGGUUGCCGAUGCAGACAUCUCUAGUGCGCUUAUAAAGCUCUUCAGAAACCUCUUCACGAGCAACUUAAGUAAACAAUGGGAACUGCUUCAUAUGCUCCAUGAAACUACAAAGUCCAGAUAUCAAGCCCCAGUAACUUCUGGUCACCAGCAUGAUAGAUACAAAAGCAAAGAUAUGUUUAAUUCAAGUCAAACACUACAUGAUUCGCUGGGCUUUUGUAUUGAAUGUGGUCAAAGUACUUUAAGUUCUGCUGGAAUCGGAGUGUUUGUUUCCAAAGGAUUUGUGUCAAAAGGAUCUGUUGUGGCCAUGUAUCCUGGUACUGUCUAUCAGCAAUAUGAACCUAUCUUUUUUCAGUCUAUUGGAAACCCAUUUAUUUUUAGAUGUCUUGACGGUAUUCUUAUUGAUGGGAAUGACAAAGGUAUAUCUAAAUCAGUAUAUAGGUCAUGCAGCAGAAGAGAUCAGUUGGGGCCUUUAAAAAUGUGUGAUACCACUUGGCUUACAUUAUGUCUUAAUAAUCCUUUAGCGGUUGGGCAAUAUGUUAAUAACUGCUCGAAUGAAUAUGCAGCUAAUGUGUGCUAUCAGGAAUUCGAUGUGCCUGAAUAUUUCCCAGUUGAAUUCAGGCAGUACCUACCAAACAUCAGUUAUUCACAUGACACAGAAGGACCUUUGAGAUGUGUUGUCCUUGUUGCCCUCAGGGACAUAAAUUGCGGAGAGGAACUUUUUUCAAACUAUUUUACACUAAUUCGAUAAAGAGUCAUCGUUUUCUCAGUGUCAGACACAUGAUUAAUUAUUGAUGGAUGCUUAGCAGGUGUUGCAUAUGAAGUCCUGUACAGUAAUAAGCAAUACUGCUCUUGGUAUUUCUGCUGUCUAUCUGUGGCUCGGCCAGUUUGCACUGUUUGAGCUGAUUGUUUUCAAUUUGCUGAUAAAGUGGCUUCAGUAAUAAACAUCGGCUGCAUUGAAUGGAAUAAUCUUUAGUCAUCAGGGGUGGUUAUGUUAGUGCAAUAUUCUUGCAACCCAUUGCAAAUUAGUGACUAGAAUACAUUGGUCUCCAUUGUUCAAGGAUUGACUUUUCAAAUGCAAUGCAAGACCAAGCUGGGCUUAAACAUACAGAAAUAUGCUGCUAUAGGAUCUAAAGUGACCCUUCUUGAAGAGAAUACAAACUGCCCUGGGACUUUAAGUGAAUGUUUGAACUUAAUACUAUGGUUUUAUAGAUGACUUGUGUUUGUUCAUGAGCACAUUUUUUGUGUGCUGCAUCUCAGAACUUUCCCAUUUAUAUUGUUCCAUAUCAAUAUAAAUAUUAUAAAAAGCU